CCCAGCAGCAACAGCAGCAGAAGUGACAGCAGCACUUUCAGUUCUUCGACUCAGAGACAUAUGGUCUCCUUCUGAAUGUAUUUAUAAACUAAGAGCACUCAGCUCCGCUGACUGUUUCAUUCUAAGAUACAGGAUGGGAAGAAUCAUUCUCAGCAGACUCCUGGUGUUGGUACUCUUUGGUCUACUACUGCUCUUCUUUCUCCUUAAAGAUUUUAAUGACCAGAGAAACAUCCAUGUCAAUGAUAUUGAGCAAAAACAUAAGACAUUGACGCCCAUAAUAAGCAAACCCUUCGUGUGGUCAUCAUGUCAACAAAACACAUCUGUUUCCAACAUCACAGACUUCGGCACUCUUCCUGUUUAUAUAAAAAAUUUUCUUUUCUAUAAACAUUGUCGCCAUUUCCCCAUGCUGCUUAAUGUUCCAUACAAAUGUGGAGGAGAUGAUGAGUCUUCUGAUGUCUUCCUCCUCCUGGUCAUUAAAAGCUCCCCUGGAAACUACGAACGCAGAGAGGUACUACGUAAAACCUGGGCACAAGAAAGAAUCUACAAUGGCGUUUGGAUCCGCAGGGUCUUCAUCUCAGGAACGACACAGUCUGGAUUCGAAAAAACAAGACAGAACAAGCUACUUGAACUGGAAAAUCAUGACUACAACGACAUCCUCCAAUGGGACUUUGAAGACACGUUCUUCAACCUCACCCUGAAACAAAUACUUUUUCUAGAAUGGAAGGAAAUGUACUGUCCAAAGGUUCACUUCUUAUUCAAUGGUGACGAUGAUGUUUUCGCCAACACUGACAACAUGGUCGAGUAUCUCCAAGGCCUCAAGGACAAUGAUGGAAACAAGCAUCUCUUCACAGGCCACUUGAUAAUGAAUGUAGGGCCGAUUCGGGAACAACACAGCAAAUAUUAUGUUCCGGUUCAAGUACAAGAAUCAAACUCAUAUCCUCCCUAUUGUGGUGGUGGAGGCUUUCUUCUGUCUGGGUUCACAGCGAAAACCAUUUACAAUAUGUCAAAGACUAUCCCAGUUCUACCUAUUGAUGAUGUUUAUAUGGGGAUGUGUCUGGCUAAAGCAGGACUUAAACCAGAAUCUCAUGUGGGUGUGAGGACAGCAGGACUGAACAUUCCCUCCCGUAAACUGGAUAGUUAUGACCCCUGCUAUUAUAAAGAAGUUUUGUUAGUGCAUAGAUUUCUUCCAGGUCUCACAUAUACAAUGUGGCAAACAAUACACGAUCCUAACCUGAACUGUGAACACUUAAAGAAAACACAUAAAAUCAACAGGUAGUCACAGUUGGUGUGACAGGAUCCAGUCUGAUGCACAUACUUUCAUUUCGAAUCAAAUUAAAUAAAAUCAACAAAACCACAUAUUUGUAUAAUUCAGAUAAAGCCAUACACACAGUUGCUAUUAUUUUCUGCUCACUAAGGUGAUGGGUUAAUGCCAUGCACCCCCUAGGGGACAAUAGAUUUUCCACCUUUUCGCCUUGUAAUAUUUAUUUAUUUAUUAAUCCUUACAAAUCACUGUAUGAGUUGCAGCAUUCAGCAUACAAGUCCCUGAUUAUUCAAAGAUUAAUACAAUGAUAGUGACGAGAGUUUAGUGUUGAUAAUGUUCUGUUCAAGUGUGAUUUUACAGUCACCAGUAAAGAAUGGGAGUGAGGAGGCGUGGUGAGAGUGCAUGUGUGUGUGUAUGAGGAAGAGAGAGCGCAGAGAGAGUGAAAGGGGGGAAAGGCGAAGAGAAGCUGGGUUGAGAACAAUAAAGUAGUUUAGAACCAGAUACUGAGGCACCUGACUGGUCUGUCGCCAGGGCAUUAGACUAUUUUUAGGGCACACAUUAUUUCAUGAAACCCAGCCAUUGCAUCAUUGGGUUUUCAAUAUUGGAGGAAAAACCAAUAACGAUUCUUACAUUUAUUACAAAAUAUGCUAAUAUGGGGCCGAUAAUAUCGGAAUAUAUAUGUAUGUACAGUAUAUAUGUGUAUAUAUUUAUAUAUACAUACUCAUAUACCUACUAUGUAUACAUAAAAUCUUGUAUAUACUGUGUAUAUAUAUAUAAAUGUAUAUAUAUAUGUUUACAAAUAUGUGAAUAUAUAUAUUUACUUUUUAUACUUGUUCCUCCUUGCAUUCUGCUCUGGUGUUAUCUGCUAGAGUUCUGAUGUCUUAAUGUUUCAAGUCCACUGCUCUUCUAAUUAUUAUAGCAUUUCGAUGUAAGCAAUAAAACAGUCAUAUGUGCACUAUUUAGAAUUAAUGUCAAACCACUUCAUAUUACUCUUUGUUCAAAUAAAACAGAAUAUAAAUAAUUGUAUGGUGCAAACCACUGUGAACAUUUGUAGUUAAACAGCAACAACCAUUUCAUUUACUUCACAACCGGAAUGAUUUACAUUCCUCAAUCCCAUUGAGACAAAUGAUAUAUUUCACAGAGAAUAGCACCAUCACAAUUCAAUGCACAAUCUCUAAUCUUCUUUGAUGGUCUUUGAAAUACACCCUAGCCAGUAUUUACUGUUUAAACUGGUGGGAUUCCUGGCUGCCAUGCAGUAGAUUCACAGUUCCAUUUCUCCUAGUUCCUAAUCCCACUCUUUCUCCAAACUCUGCAGCUACAGCCACACAUUAAUAAUAGAGGUUUGGGUUGUAGAUAUUGAUUAUCUUGUCAAAGGGUUACUGAAAUGUAUGACCAGUGUGUAUGAGCAACAUUGUCAUUUUAUUCUAGGAAGAUUAGAGUUGGAAACUCGACUGCGUUGAGUUUCUUUCAUUCUUUUGCCUCUGUUCUAAGACUUGUAAUCAUAAAGUUGUUUUUCAUGGGUUUUUUUGUGCCUCGUAAAGUAAUAAAAAUGAGUUCCAUCCAAA